AUGAGCUUCGCUACCCAGACCGGCAAGAACCAGAUCCUCGAGAAGCACGACGAUGACGUCGUCAUCUGCGGUGCUUACCGCACUCCUGUCACCCGUGCUCGCAAGGGUGGCCUUGCCCAGUGUGCUCCUGAGGAGUACCUCGGUACGGUCCUUAAGGGUCUGAUCGCCAAGACUGGUGUGGAUCCCAAGACUAUUGAGGACGUUGCUAUCGGCAACGUGCUUCCGCCGGGUGGUGGUGCCACUGGUGCCCGCCAGGCUGCUCUCUGGGCCGGCAUCCCGAACACUUCUGCUGUGAACACUGUCAACCGCCAGUGCUCGUCGGGUCUUGCCACCGUCAACCAGAUCGCCAAUGAGAUUCUCACUGGUCAGAUCGACAUCGGUAUUGCCGGUGGUGUGGAGUCCAUGACCCUGAACUACGGUGCUGGUGUCAUGCCUCUGAAGAUGUCGGACGAGGUCAUGAGCAAUGAGGAGGCUGCUGACUGCAUGCUCCCCAUGGGUAUCACCUCGGAAAAUGUCGCUAAGAAGUACAACGUGACUCGUGAGAAGCAGGACGCUUUUGCCGCCGAGUCCUUCAAGCGCGCUGCUGAGGCUCAGGAGGCUGGCAAGUUCAAGGAGGAGAUUAUCCCAGUCAAGUACGUGGAUGACGACGGCAACGAGCGCAACGUCACUGAGGAUGACGGUAUUCGUAAGGGCGUGACGGCUGAGUCGCUCGCCAAGCUUAAGCCGGCCUUCUCGAAGGACGGUUGCACCCACGCCGGUAACGCUUCGCAGGUCAGCGAUGGCGCUGCUGCCGUUCUUUUGGCCCGCCGCAGCGCUGCGAAGAAGGCUGGUCUCCCCAUUGUCGCCAAGUUCUGCGGUGCUGUUGUGGUGGGUGUGCCCCCGAACAUCAUGGGUGUUGGUCCCGCUUACGCCAUCCCCAAGCUGCUGGAGAAGGCUAAGAUCUCGAAGGAUGACGUCGACAUUUACGAGAUCAACGAGGCCUUCGCUUCGCAGGCCCUCUUCUCGGUCGAGCACGUUGGUAUUCCUCUCUCGAAGGUCAACCCAGUUGGUGGCGCUAUUGCCCUCGGCCACCCGCUUGGUGCCACUGGCUCGCGUCAGAUCGCCACUGCCCUUCAGCAGGCCAAGCGCACUGGCGAGAAGGUCAUUGUCACCUCGAUGUGCAUUGGUACUGGUAUGGGUAUGGCCUCGCUCAUUGUGAGCGAGCAGUAA